GCUACCGAAUUUCCUUUGUCCUCCUUCACUGGAACUAGUCUCUCGAUGAGCUGGCCACGUGAUGUUCCAUCUAAUUGCAAUUUUUCUCGUGUAAAUAUUCUUGAAGGACUACCAUUUCCA